UAAACCUCAUUUGGCCACGGUAUAUAAUUACUUUCAUAGAUUGCUGAAUUCUGUUGUUAAUAUUUGCUUAAGAAUUUGUGUAUAUUUCUUUGAUGGCUAAUGAUGUUGAGCAUCUUUUCAUGGCUUAGAAGCCAUUCGUAUAUCUUCUUUGGAGAAAUAUCUAUUCAGAUUCCUUUUAAAUCAGGUUGUCUUUUUGUCAUUGAGUUGCAAUAGUUCUUUUUAUAUUCCAGAUACAAAUCCUUUGUCAGAUAUAUUAUUUGCAAAAAAUUCUCCAAUUCUGUGAGUCAUCUUUUCAUUUUCCUGAUUGUGUCCUUUGAUGCACAAAAAGUCUUUUUUAGACCCUAGAAGCAACUUCUCAGCUCUUUCUCGAACCUCGGUCAGGUUCAGCCUACUCGCCUCCACUCCAGCCUCCACCAUGUCCAGCAGGGUGACCCAGAAGUCUUACAAGGUGUCCACCUCCGACCCCCGGGCCUUCAGCAGCCACCCCUUCACUAAUGCACCUGACGUCCACAUCAGCUCUGCCCUGUCCCAGGUGGGCAGGGGAAGCAGCUUCAGGAGUGGCCUGGGCAGCAGCAUGAGUGUGAUUGGAGGCUACGCAGGGCUGGGGGGUAUGGGGGGCAUCACGGCUGUCUCAGUGAACCAGAGCCUGCUGAACCCCCUUAAGCUGGAGGUGGACCCCAACAUCCAGGCUGUGCGUACCCAGGAGAAGGAACAGAUUAAGAGCGUCAACAACAAGUUUGCCUCCUUCAUCGACAAGGUGCAGCAUCUGGAGCAGCAGAACAAGAUUCUGGAGACCAAGUGGAGCCUCCUAGAGCAGCAGAACACUGCUCGGAGCAACAUCAACAAGAUGUUCGAGAGUUACAUCAACAACCUUCAGCGGCAGCUGGACACCCUGGGCCAGGAGAAGUUGAAGCUGGAGGUGGAGGUUGGCAACAUGCAGAGCCUGGUGGAGGACUUCAAGAAUAAGUAUGAGGAGGAGAUCAAAGAAUGUGCAGACAUGGGGAAUGAAUUUGUCCUCACCAAGAAGGGUGUGGAUGAAGCUUACAUGAACAAGGUGGAGCUGGAGUCCCACUUGGAAGGGCUGACCGAUGAGAUCAAGUUCUUAAGGCAGCUGUACUUCUGGGACACGUCUGUGGUGCUGUCCGUGGACAACAGCCACUCCCUGGACCUGGAUGGCAUCAUUGUUGAGGUUAAGACCCAGUACAAGGAAAUUGCCAACCGCAGCCGGGCCGAGGCUGAGACCAUGUACCAGAUCAAGUAUGAGGAGUUGCAGACAUUGGCUGGGAAGCACGGGGAUGACCUCCGUCACACGAAGACGGAGAUUUCCGACGUGAACCAGAACAUCAGCCAACUCCAUGCUGAGAUCAAGGGCCUCAAAAACCAGAGGGCUUUCCUGGAAGCCACCAUAGCUGAUGCUGAGCAGCAUGGGGAGCUGGCCGUUAAGGAUGUCCAUGCUAAGGUGGCCGAGCUAGAAGCCUCCCUGCAGCAAGCCAAGCAGGACAUGGCCCAGCAGCUGCGGGAGUACCAGGAGCUCAUGAACAUCAAGCUGGCUCUGAACAUUGAGAUCACCAUCUGCCACAAGCUGCUAGAAGGUGAGGAGAGCAGGCUGGAGUCUGGGAUGCAGACCAUGAGUAUCCACACUAAGACCACCAGCGGCUACUCAGGUGGGCUGGGCUCAGCUUAUGGGAGCCUCACGAGCCCUGGUCUCUGCUAUGGCCUGAGUACCUUCCACUCCAGCUUCGGUCCUGGCAGGGGCUCCACUUCCCUCAGCUGUGUCAGUUCCUCCAAGGCUGUGGUGGUAUAGAAGAUUGAGAUCCGUGAUGGGAAGCUGGUGUCCGAGUCGUCUGAUGUCCUAUCCAAGUGAACAACCAGCCUGCGGGGGGAAGGAGCCAUGCAGGGCAGCGUUGGGAACAGGAGGCCCACUUAAUACUCAGCCCAUCCUCAGCCUAUCCUUAGGGGGAGUCCACUGCCCUGGGUACCCCUCUUGCCCAUGCCCCCAACUAAAAGCCAAUUCAAGUGUCUUUUCCCAAAUAAAGCCUCAGAUGGCUCUGCCAAUCCCCCCCCUCAAAAAGUCUUUUUUUAGUUUGUUUGCUUGUUGUUGUUAUUGAUUUACAUAAUCUCUACACCCAAUAUGGGCCUCGAACUCAUGACCAGAGACCAAGAGUCGCACGCUCCACUGACUGAGUCAACCAGGCACCCCUGAAGCACAAACAUUUUUAAUUUUGAUGAUAUUCAGUUUCUUUCUUUUUUUUUCUUUUGUUGCUGUGCUUGUGGUGUUACAUCUAAGGAAUAGUUGUAUAAUCCAAGGUCAGGAAGAUUUACAUCUAUUUUUCUUCUAAAAGUUUUAGCUCUGAUAUUUAGGAAUUUUAUCCAUUUUGAGUUCAUUUUCGUAUGUGGUGCGAUAAAUGCGACCGACUUCAUUUACUUCUUAUGUGGAUAUCCAGUUGUCUUAGCAUCAUUUGUUGAAUAAUCUUUCCCCAUUGGAAUGUCUUGGUGAAAAUCAAUUGCUGAUAAAAGUCACAAUCCAUUUCUGGAUUCUCGAUUCUUUCUAUUCCAUUCAUCUGUAUGUCCAUCCUUACACCAAUAGCACAGUGUCUUGAUUAGUAUAACUUUGUAAGAAGUUUUGAAAUGAGGAAUCUAUAGUGUUUUUGUGUAUUUAGAGCUUUUAGAUGCAUAGCUUUUAGUUGAUUCUCUAGUUAUUACAUUAUUUAUAUCACAGUCUUAUCACAGUCUACUCUACUGUCAGUUACCAGUUCAAGUGAAGUGCAGAAAAUUCACCUCCCUUUAGGUCUCUUUUCCCUCCCAUAGGUAUAAUUGCCUUAAAUAUUUUCUCUGUAUACAUUCGGAGCUACAUUAAUCAGCAUCAUAAUUUUUGCUUUGAUCAUCCAACAUAAUUUAGAAAACUCAGGAAAAGUGGUCUAUUAUACUUACCCACAGUUCUGCUUACUGU